AUGUCCCGGAAAAUGCAGCUGCAAUUUCUCGCGAGCUCUCUGCUCCUCUGCUGGCCAGCUUUGGCGGCCCCGGCUCCUCCAGUAGCCGCAACAUCACCUCCCAGCAUUGCCUCUUUAGGUACCCUCCAGGCGCUGAAGUACAAUAACUUGAGCCCCGCAAACAAUGGCACCGCUGCUGUCUUGGUUUACGAUCGAGUACCCUACUCCGGCGCGCAGUUUCGGUGUGCUUCUAUCGGAGAAGCCUUAUACCCGCUGCAAGAUGCACCUCAGGACAACGCCACGGAGCUAGGGUACCAGCUCGACUAUCUUGUCCACACCGGAAGCUUGCAGAGAGAUAGCUCCCUGUGGAUAGCCAAACACUCGCCAGAGUGCUGCCAGGCGUAUUCCCAAGGCCUUAAACGAAUCAUCUCGGUGUCGUGUGACGAACAACUGCCUGCCCUCUGCACCUCGAGCGUGCCUCCUACGACCGAUAAAGACAGGACAGCUGUGAACAAGUCAAAGGUCUCGAUCUCGUACGAAGAUUUCCACAUGACCGGAUAUCGUGAUGGACGGUCGUUUCGGUUCCUAGGCAUUCCCUUCGCAGACCCGCCUGUAAAGGACUUGCGGUUCGCACCACCACGCCCUUACUCAGGCCCGAGGAACAUCGACGCGACCAAAAUGGCUGAUUCGUGCAUUCAGUCGGUCUCGGGCUUUGGAACUCUUGAUAAUGGCGGUAUCUCGGAGGACUGUCUAUACCUUAACAUCUAUUCUCCCAUCCUGCCUUCACCACAUGACAGAGAUUCUGCUCGCAAACCCGUCGCCGUAUACUUCUAUGGGGGUGGGUUUACCAGCGGUACUGCCUCCAUGGUCGAUUAUGAUGGAGGAAAUUUCGCCAGCCGCAACGACAUAGUUGUUGUGACGAUCAACUAUCGAGUCGGCGCGUUAGGCUGGCUGGCCACGGGCAACCUCACGACCGGAAACUACGGUACACGCGACCAGAUUCUCGCCUUAAAAUGGGUUAACAAGUAUAUCGAGGCGUUCGGUGGAGACCCAAACCACAUCACAAUAUUUGGUCAAUCGGCCGGAGGUCAGAGCGUUAUCGCACUGCUCUCUUCGACUGCUGCCCGGGGCCUCUUCUCCGGUGCCAUUGUUCAGUCAGCCCCAGUAGACCUCCCCUGGUUCACUCGCGAGGUAUACACCAAAAUUGUCACCCCUAACAUUGCUGGUGCUGUCGGCUGCAACGGAACCACAUCUGAAACCGCCCUUCUCUCCUGCCUCAGAUCCGUUCCGGCAGCUCGAUACCUCGACAACACGACCGAGUUCGAAGCUGCUAUGACAACCUCCACCGAGACAAUUGCCACCGACUACCUUCAUUCGUCCGAGAUUCUGGCAUCUAUAGAGCCUCUGAUGCCCAUAGUCGAUGAUACCGACAGCGGUGUCAUCGACGACCAAUUCUACCGUCUCCUCGCCUCGAACAAGCUCCCCAACCGCGUUCCAACCAUCUUCACAACCGUCACCGACGAAGCUGCCCUGUAUGUUGACCAGUACGUCCAAAAUGCCGGCUCAACCGAAGCCGCCCUCGAGCUUGUCUACAGCUACGCCUACCCCACCUCGCUCAUCAAAUCUCUCAUCGCUACUAACGCCUUCCCCCUCAACCCCUCCGACCCCGACAGCGUCCGGAACACUGUCGCCGACGCCCUGACCCACAGCGAAUGGAGUUGCCCACAAGCCUACCUCCUCCGCCAUGGCGGCCGCCAGGCCUUGCCGCACCUCUGGGAACUCGAAAUCAAACACGGCCACAUCCAGACCACCGUUGGCGUCCCCAGCAUCUGCUCCCCCAACACCGACUACAACGCCACGUGCCACUCCUCAGAUGUCCUCCUCGCCUGGGGUACACUCAACAGCAAGACCAAGAACGUAUCCCCAUACUAUAAGCAACGGGAUAUCCUCCACUCCCGCCUCCUCAACGAUAUCUUCGGAUCAUUCUUCCGCACCCGCAAUCCGAACCCCGAUCUAGAGAUGUUGAAGCUCCGUGGCCCCGCAUACGCAUCGACAUACCAGAUCUUCGGACCUCGCGGUUACUACAUGCCCGAGUAUGAAAUCUCCGAGCGAAACGUCAGUCUUCUGGAUAUGCCUCCCUCUAUCAUCACCAACCCAGGCACCACAGAGAAGUGUGCCGUGUUUGAGGAUUUCGGGUACAGCUUCCAGAGAGCCAAUCUUACUGUCUGA